GAGCAUCUGAGACGCGCUUAACGGACGGAAAUCUCGCGAGAACUGGGGCCGCGUCUAUGGUGUAGUAGAGGAGAGGAGGGGAGAGAGAGGGUGAGAGGAGGAGGGGGUACUCACAAAGAUGUUGCGUGAUUUUUUUGGAAAUUUAUUUAUUUAAAUAAAAAAAAAUGGCCGCCGCAGAGAGCGGAGAGGAGAGACUAGGUGACGGAAAGGGGGAGGACCAGGAGGGUUCUAAAGAAGCAAGUCAAAAACAGAAGAAAAGCAAAAAAGAGCAGGAACAGGAUGCGGAGAGGGUCGAGCCCGCCGGUACGGAGGGGGGCGACGGAGAGCGAGCGGAGGCCGGCCAAUCCGAGCCCUCGGCCCCUGAGCCCGCAGCGGCCCUCGGCGCUCCGGAAGCUUCUUCCUCGGCCAAGCAGCGGCGAUCCAUCAUUCGGGACCGCGGGCCUUUGUACGAUGACCCCUCGCUGCCUCAGGGCUGGACGCGCAAACUCAAACAGCGCAAGUCGGGACGAUCGGCUGGCAAAUUCGACGUCUACCUGAUCAACCCAGAAGGGAAAGCCUUCCGUUCCAAAGUGGAGCUCAUGGCGUACUUCCAAAAGGUGGGUGACACCACCACAGACCCAAAUGACUUUGACUUUACGGUCACGGGGCGCGGGAGCCCGUCACGCAGGGAGAAGAGACCGCCGAAGAAGCCCAAAGUGCCCAAGCCGACUGGCCGAGGGAGGGGCCGGCCGAAGGGCAGUGGCAAAAUACGGCAGGCCACAGAGGGUGUAGCAGUGAAACGCGUGGUAGAAAAGAGUCCGGGCAAACUCCUCGUCAAGAUGCCCUUUGUGGCUCCGAAAGCGGAGGCAGGAUCACCCUCGGGGCAAGUUCCCGUCGUCAAACAGCGCCCAGGACGCAAGAGGAAAGCGGAAAAAGAGCAGGCGAGCGUGCCAAAGAAACGCGGUCGGAAGCCGGCGGCUGCGUCUCAGUCUGCGGCAGGAGGGACAGGCUCGAGUGCAGCUUACGCUGCUGCAGCUAUCGCGACAUCGGAGGCCAAGAAGAAGGCGCAAAAGGAGUUGGCAGCCAAGCCUGUGCAAGAGAAGGCGCUUCCCAUCAAGAAGCGCAAGACACGGGAGACUAUGGAGGAGGCAGAAGGGUCUGCUACGACUACACCCGAGGCACCGAGCAGCGUAGCAAAGCGGCCCGUGAGUCAAACGGCACCCUCUGCUGGAGCGGAGUCAGAAACGGGACAGAAGCUUCACAAGCACUCGAGCCGGAAGCAUAAGGAAGCAGUGGAUUCUGGUAACGGCAGCAGCAGUGGACCGAAGCUCCACAAAAAGAGAGAUCAGCGUGAGCAACAACUGAAACACCUCCACCAUCACCAUCAUCACCACCAUCACCAACACCACCUGCCCCUGAUGGAGCCGUCCAUAUUCACUCCGCAGGCUCACCAGCUUUCCCUCGGCCACUCCAUGCACGGAGGACCCCCAGUGGAGAACGAGCCCCAGGACUUGAGCACUUCCAGGUCGAGACAGGAGCCGCUAGCCUGCAGGGAGGAGGCCCGAACCGACAGUCACACGGUUAGAGACACUUCAGGCAAGAUGGCAGCGACGGAGUUGCGAACCCAACAACAACAACAACAACAACAACAGCAGCAGCAGCAGCAUGGCACUGUGACGGGGGAUGGAAAGGAACUGAGAGACAUUGUUCCUCCUUCCGCCGUUCCCAGGCCGAGUCGAGAAGAAACGGUCGAGUCCAGGACGCCUGUGAGCGAACGCGUGAGCUGAAGGACGUGACUGACAUUCAGAGUGACUGACCAAUCAGCAGCAACGGCUGUGUUCUCACGCAGGAAUAGAGGCACUCACAGGGGGAGGAGUUGUUUUUUUUUUUUGUUGUUUGUUUGUUUGUUUUAUUUUAUUCUGUUUUGUUUUUUUUAAAACAAGAAAUAAUGGAGAAAAAAAAUCCACAAAAAUGUAAAUGUACUUACAAAAGGCAGCUGUUGUGUCGAGUGUUGUGAGUUGGAUGCAGAGCGACGAUACAGUCGCUGGCAUACCGCCUCUGAAUGAACUCUCAGAUUUCUUUUCGUUCGCCCAGUUUCAUUUUUAUCGUUUAUAUUAAUAUAGAAAUCAUAGGAACCAGGUGUUAGUGCUCCGUUAGAGCUUCUAGGAAAUAGCAAAACACUGAGAUAGCGGACAAUGGGUGCACGAGUAACGCUUCACGGGGAAGCCGAUUUACAACUAAUCCUUCCCUGCCAAAACCAGACGAAAUAAGGCUCGAUUUUACAUCAUCUUCAUUUUUGUUAUUUCCCCUUCAUAUUAUAGAAGUGACUAUUAGAAGAAGGCAGUCUGGUUCUAUAUAACUGCAUGAAGAGUGACAUUUCUUAAUAAAAGCUCAUAUAAGGAAAUUCAUGGGGGCGAGGAGGGGGAUCAUCACUUGUACCCUGUCAAUCAUGUUCUAAACAAGAAAGGCUAAUCAAAUCCUGAGAGAUUUCCCAGUUCAUGGGACGGGAAGAGGAUGGGUCCUAGGUUUAUUUAUUUAUUUUCGUUUGUUUUCGGACACCAAUCAUGCUUUGCGAUGGCUGGUCCUGAAUGUCUUUCUCUCGUUCUUGCAUUUAAAAAAAACGUAGAGACGUGGAGAGGAAUGUUUGAACGCUGAGUAAUGUGAUUAACCUCGCCAUCUGUUUCAGCGGUGCAGGAUAGCAGACUAAUAUAGUAAUAUAGUAGGAAAGGUUUUCACUGUUAUACUUUAUUUUUCUAUGCGUGGGGGGAGGGGGUUGAGCGCAGACGGAUUCAUGAAUGAACAUCGAAAGCACAGUCGAAAUAAACGUGUGAAAGGAGAACAAAAAAAUAUAGAAAUGAAAUUCCAAUGCAGUGUGUUCGAACACGUUUUCUUCCUCUUCCCCCAUACCCCCCCCCCCCCCCCCCCCCCGCAUUUAUCGUUCUAGCUUUUCAUUUUUUUUUUUUCCCUUUUCUUUCUAUAAAGUGAAAUUGAAAACAGUGGCCUUGUGUCUCCUGAACACAUCAGAGCCUACAGUGUAUGUUUGGAAGUGUAGCCAUUCAUUCCCCCCCGCCCCCCCUCCCUCCCUCCUUCCUUGUCAUGGUGACGGAGAGCAAACAGGGAAGUCGACGCGAACAGAAGACACGAUGCGCGCGCUUGUGCUAUAUUUACUAGACUUCCUCUCACACGACAGCUGCGACAGUUCACACAGGACGUUUGUAUUUUUUUUAUUUUUUUUAUUUUUUCUUUUCACACUGCCUCCGUCCAAAACGCGAGACUUUCUGGAUUAUUUAGAGUUCCGUGGAGGGGAAAACAAAAAACAAAAAAAACAAAGACGUGAUCAGAAUCCCUGUUUUCGCCUUUGUUUACAUUUUAAAACGUCAUCGCGGUGAUGAAAUAAAUGUCCGGAUUUGACACGGCCGCCAUCUUGGACGGAGCCGAAUAAACGGCUUUAAAAGAACGAGCGUAGGACAUGAAUUAGAUCGUAUUAAACGUCCAGCAGAUUUUGGUGUUUUUGUUGAGAGUAAAGCCGUUACGAUCGAUCAUCAUCCAUCGAGUACGGUUUUUACGUCGCAGUUGGAAGAUUUAGUCGAGAUAGCAGGGCCUCCCCCAACUUUUCACAUUCACACAUGAAGUCACGCAUUUCUGUUUCACGUCCGUUUUAUCUUCGUUUAGAACGUUUGCAGACUCGCAGCGGAUGUGAGGUAUAUCCUUCCUCAUUUCAUUCCUUUCAGCGCCCUUUUUUUUUUUUUUUUUUUUUUUUUUGAAAUUGCCCUCUCCUUUGAAGUCAUGAGGUACUGACACAAGACAGCACGCAUAAAGGUGAUGAUGAGUGUGACUGUAGCGAGGCAUUCGAUUCUUCGAUGAUUCACAGAAAUACGUCUACAGCGACGUACGGAGACGAUGCCUGACCUCAGGCUAAUCUCUUUUCUGUUUUCUAUUCUAUCUAAAUGUGUAAUACUAAUGGCCAAUGAUGUACAAGUGGAGGCCAUUACGAGGAGUCUUCAACUCCUCUCGUACGAAGCAGUGCUUUUAUGGUAGCGGAAACGUUUAAUCGGUAAUAACUUGGACAUCCCUUACUUUUUUUUUUUCUUUUUUUCCCCUUCCUUCUAAAGGAAGCGUUCUGAGUGAGAAGGACCAAUGGUUAUUGGACUGUUGGUUUCAGGGAAGCGUGCGCUUCGGUUUCUACGUCCUUACUGAUACUUUCCCUGCCGAUGAAGCUCGAAUCAGAGAGAGCUCAACGUUCAUUUCUUCUUUAACGUUAAAUCUACAAAAUUCAUAGAUUGUUUUUUUUUUUGUUUGUUUGUUUGUUUUGUUUUUGGAACCACAUCGUAGUGUUUAAAAAUAAAUAAAUAAAUAUUUACCAAAAAAAACAACAAAAAAAAAGGCAUGCUAGAGCUACUCACUAGUCAUUUUUAUGAAGUGUGCUUUAGGAUAGCGAGUGUUACGAUGUUAGAAAACUUCCCUUUCUGAUCGAUUUAGAUUUUAACAAUCACCAGAGAUUGAUUUUUUUUUUUUUUAAUUAUUCUAAAUUUUUUUUAUUAUUAUUAUUUUUUUUUAUAAAGUUUAUACUAUUCUAUAGAAUAGUACUAUAUCUACUUUUAUUUAUUUAUUUAUUAUUUUUUUCCCCCCUUUCAUCGAAGGUCAGUGUACAGAUGUGGUGCUUGACAGACCUCGUCCUUUAGCCUCCUCUCCACCUCGACCCUAGCCAGUGGGGAAGAGGACACGGAGAAACUAGAGCACUUGCGCUCUAGAGAAAAGGGCUAUGAAAUUAUCUCAAAAAAAAAAAAGAGAGAGAACGAUUCGAAGACGUUCAUAUGGUUACCUGCCUGAGGUCCGAUCAUCCAGGUCUCAAGCAUCUUCAGAUCCCACUAGCUUGCUCUGUUCGAGCAGAUCACGCGUAUCGAGCGCUCAUCGCGGCCAGAAAAAAAAAAAAAGCCCCGACACAAACUAAAAAGAGCAAGAAUGUUCGAUGCGUGUGACCUGCUGGAGCAGAGAUCUUAACCAGAGGACUAUGACGCACCUGACCUACAUGCGGUAGACGUCGAUGUCGUCGUCGUCCCUGGUCUGACUAAUCUGAGAGGGGAGGCUCAAGGAUUACAGAGUUGAGUAAGCAAGCACAACCUGAAACGCGUACACAUGAAAUGUAUCAAGACAAACUGGCGUGAGAUCAAAUAAUAAAAAAAUAAACAAAUAAACGAGCAACGAAAACAGCAUCAUCUGAAUGGCAGCGGUGUUAAUAUUAAAUUAACGUGUAAAUAUUAGCGACAGCGCUGUGAGAGAGAAAAACAGCAGCGGUCUGCCACAGAAUGGGCAGUGCCUUUAUUUCGGGAAUCUGACCAAGGUGGCCUUUGAUUAAAAAAAAAUCAUUAAAAAAAGACGCUUUUAUCCCAAUUGAGCAAAACAAGACGUUAAAUCAAGAUGGGCUGAUUGGUCUUUUCUUUUUUUUACUUUCUUUCUUUUUUUUUUUUUAAAGCAGGAUCUCCAUUAAUCUUCGCUGUGCCAUUUGUUAUGUUUCAUCAUGUGGCCAUGUCGUGUCCAUAGAUAAAACGUAUCCAUGUAACCUUUCACUUCCAUGGUGAUUUAUGCUUUUUGUAGCACUCAAUAAUGCCCACUGUCAAAAAAAACAAAAAAACAAAAAAAACAUCACCACCAAUACCACCACCAACAACAACGGGAGUCCUAUAAGAAAACAUGAAAUGACCUUUAUUAUAUCUGUUCUGUGCCUCUGGCAAACAAAUAUGCUAUGGAAUGUCCUCGUGUCCCUGUAGCCAAAAUCUACACGCUAUGUACGUGAACAUGUAUCAAUAUGCAUGAUUGCCAUUAGAAGUUAGUACACUGCUUGACCUUUACUAUUCUUCGUAAUGAUGUUUUUUGUUUGUUUGUUUGUUUGUUUGUUUGUUUUAUGCGUUUUUUUCUCUGGAACACUCCUCUCCGAGAGCCGGCCAAAAAGUCUGAGCGCAGGAUUCUCACCCAAAACCCUGAACACGGCUGUACACACACACACACACACACACACACACACGCACACACAUACACACAGCGAAACUACAAGGUCACUUGUAUGUUUGUGCACUUCAGUUUAAAAACAAAAAGGACAAAAAAAAACAACAACAACAAAGGAAUCAAAAACGAAAAAAAAAAUCAGUUAAGUUGGACAGGAAUAGUUUUUACGUUCUUCGGUUGUUGUUUUUUAAAUUAAAUUUUUUUUUUGUUUGUUUGUUUUUUUUCUUUCUUUCCAAUUCCAGUUUCUCAGAUCUGAGAUGACGGUUACGCAUGGGCUCCUAAAGCUGUUCCUCCUUAAGAUGUCCCCGAUACCAUGGCAAACCUAUUCCAACUAAAUUAUUAUUUGUGGAUUUUAGUGUUUUACUUUUUCUAUUUUUUAAAAAAAAAAAGAACCCAAUGUUAGGAGUAGACUAUUUUACCUUAAGAGCAAUAGUUAUAUUUAGUAGAUCGUUAUUUGCUUUUUAUUUUUUUUAUUAUUAUUAUUAUUAUUAUAAUUAUUUUAUUUUAUUUUUCCAUUUCUUGUGUCUUUAGAUUGUGUACGAUGUUAUAUAUUUGACGAAAAAAAAACAACAACAAAAAAAAAACAACAAAAAACAAAGGUUAAAGCUGAAUUAUAAAGGAAUGCCUGAAAUACAAAUUCAAUUAUAGCACUUGAGAUAAUACAAGGAAGGAGAAUGAAGGUCAGAUAAAACCACACAUUCAGCUUCAAGUCUUCAUCGGUAGAACAUUCAUGGUCUAUUUAACAUAGUCUUGUGCCUUGAAGUUUCAGUAAUAGAACUUUAUACGGUAGUUGUAUUUUUAUUCUGAGUCCUGUGUUUUGCCUCUUGUUGGUAUUCAGUGCUUUGGCUGUGUUGAGGAUUUAUAGAGACUGAGGAUAUGUUUGUCUUGUUUUAUUUUUUUCGUACAGGAAAUACCACAUUUGGAAUAAAUUAGGACAAAUGUUACCUGGGCAAUAUUGACUGUGUAGAAGGUAAUAAGAUACUGGUAUUAUUAUUAUUAUUAUUAUUAUUAUUAUUAUUAUUAUUAUUAUUUUUUUUUUUUUAAUCCCUGCUAUGUUGAAUGUGUCUCCUGUCGGAUGAAGUGUAUUUGUCGGGAAUUGUUCUCCAUUUCAAUGUUUUAACGUGGCAAGUUAUUAGUCAUUUUAUUUAUAUAUAUAUAUAUAUAUAUAUAUAUAUAUAUAUAUAUAUAUAUAUAUAUAUAUAUAUAUAUAUAUAUAUAUAUAUAUAAAAUAUCUAUAUUUAUACAUGCAUACUCCUGCCUCAAACGGUAUCUUCCAAGCACCAUUUUGCAUUUUCUGAAAGGAAAAGAAAAGUUCAACCAUGACUGAUGUGACGAUGAAUUUAAGACCUGCACUUUAUAAAGUAUGUUUCCAGGCAGGACGCCCAUUAACUUUUUUGUUUGUUUUUGUUUUUGUUUUUGUAUGAUAUGUAUUUUUUACCGUUGUCCGAAGUUGCUGUUUUAUUUUCCAUUGUUCUGAUUUAGAUUGAAAUAAAAGGGAUUGGUAGUACUAUGUAUCUAAAAGGUAUAUUAUUUUAACCAAACAGUCCUACAGCCUAGGUGUCAGUGGUUCCUCACCAUUUGCCAAGCUAAGUCCUUGCCUUCCUGACAGUGAAAACAAAAAGUAUAGUUUGUGUCUACUUUUAUAGUACUGUGUUACUGUAUUAUUUGUUUGCCGUAUGUAACAGAUACACAACAGUAAACAACAUUUACCUUC